AGAGAAGGUUGCCACGCGCUCUGUCAGUGAGGAGCGUUGACUCCACUAAGCCGGUGCAGCCCGGUGUUCACCUACCACCCCACCCCCCCUCGCUCCUCCUGUGCUGAAACUCCACGCAUGCGAAUUCUUCUCUUUCGGCGUAAACGACACAGAAGCCCGUGGCCCACUAUGGCAGAUGAUGAUUUCUCAACCGCAGAUGCUGGGGCCUCUGCUACAUACCCGAUGCAGUGCUCUGCAUUGAGGAAGAAUGGCUUCGUUAUGCUGAAAGGACGUCCCUGUAAGAUAGUUGAAAUGUCUACCUCUAAGACUGGAAAGCAUGGGCAUGCCAAGGUGCAUCUUACGGGACUUGACAUUUUUACUCAGAAGAAGUAUGAGGAUAUCUGCCCUUCUACUCAUAACAUGGAUGUUCCAAAUGUGACAAGAAAAGACUAUCAGGUAAUUGAUGUCUCAGAUGGUUUCCUGGCCCUGAUGGAUGACAAUGGAGAAACCAGAGAGGACCUCAAAGUGCCAGAUGGUGACCUGGGCAAAGAAAUUGAGAAAAAGUACAGCGGCGGAGAACAGUUUAUGGUGUCUGUGUUGAAAGCUGUAGAUGAGGAACAUGUAGUUGGCACUAAGAAUAUGACUAAUUAGACCAUGACAACGUUGGAGACCUCAACGUCCUAUAUGGUUUUGAAGCUUCACCAAAGCUGCUGGCCUUCACCGCACAUCCCCACUGGUGUCCCCCCUCUGUCAGCUGAAAUUCUGGAAACUGGACCCAGUCAGCUUCAGCUGUACUUCAAACUCAGGCCAGCGUGGCAUCCUUCUCAGUCCUUUAAGAUGUCCAUCCAAUGCUUUCACAGCACCACUGUGUAGCACAUACCAGGUAUUAUUAGUGGUAUUUUUGACCAUGCUCCAGAAAAUCAUAACAUUCCUCUGAAUAUGGGAAGUUCCAGUUUCGGUGCAUUGUUUUCACACCAACUAGCUGACUUCAGUUUCUCUUAAAUAUUGCACCAACUGUAUUGUAGCUCCCUUCGGAUGAAACUGCGUCUCAAUCGUCUUUUCACUUUGCAUAAACAGAGCAUUACUCCAUUAAGUUGGGUUAUGCUUUUGCACACAAAUAUUACAGCGACAUUCACAUGCACACAGCUCAUGCCUUAGCAGCUAUGUGUUUAUGUAGGGCGCAAAGAUUUCUUUUUCUGCACUCGCAGGCAAGUUUUCUACUGCAUGUAGCCCAGUCCAAAGGUCAGUGUUUUCCAGCUGACAAAUGUGCUGUCUCAGCAGCCCAACAGGCUGGAGCAGAGGAGGCUGGGUGGCGCAGUUUUCUCCUCUAUGCUAUGAAACUUCAUUCUUCACUUGAGGCCUUCACAAGCUAAAAAUUAUAUAGAAAUUAUUUUGAAAGAGCAAACGUUGAGAUCGCUCAUAGAAAUACAUUUAAAUGUUAGCAAAUCAGAUCAGAUCGGGAUGUGUAGCAAAAUUAUAGAGGAAACGAUAACAUUUUAUGAUUUGCAUGAUGCAUCCUAAUUUAAGGGGAAGUAACGGGAUAUGAAGUCGCUGCUUGGUGGCUGUCGGGGGAAGUUAAAGAAAACACUUUAGAGAGCUUUUGUGCAGAGUUUGAAUUCUAAGAUACAGCUGCACAGUGACUCUCCAUGCUACAGUCCUUUUCCAGUUAAAUCACCUCCUUGUUAAAAGUGACCGUGGAUAAUAGCAGGACAUUUCAGUGCAAAUGAAUUGAACCUUUCCGCAUUUUGUCACAUUACAGUCAUAAACUUUCAUAUAUUUUGGGCAUUUUUUUUGUGACGGACCAACACAAAGCAAUUUGGGGAGAACAAGACCAGCUUACUAGGUUUUAAGACCCUAAGAAAGAAAAUGGGGGUGGUUAGUUUUAGUUUUCUUCCACACUUUACAUUUUGCAAAAUGCCGUGUGUGGAUUAAACUGGUUUAUUUUCUUUUGAUGUAUCAGAGUAUAGGGGGCUGAGUACAAAUGCAUGUAUCACUGUUGAGAUUUUUCUUUGUAAAAAAAAAAAAAAUGAACGCCAUGUAUCCUUUCGCUUCCACUACACUCCGCUUUGUGUUGGUGAAUCACAUAAAACCCAGAUUAAAUCAAACACUGAAGUUUGUAGUUGUAAUGUGACACAAAGCUAAAAUCUUUUAAGGGUAUGUCUUUGUUUGCAUCCAUUUGCUUGGAAGAGAACCUGCAUUUCCAAGCGUCAGUUUUCCGCUACCUUCUAAUAAAAUCCCCAAAUAAAAAAUCUUGAAUCUUAAAUAAAACUUCUUAUUUAACCUUAAUUUAUUCAGGUUGUCUCAUUGGGAUUAAACUCAUCUAAUUUACAAGAGAGACCUGUUUAAAAGCCUGCUUUCCACUUACUCAAAUCAGUAUUAAGGACAAAACAAUUCUAAUGGCAACAGCCCUAAAACAACAUUUACUGAUCUAGAAACAAUAAACAAACUCUUUUAUACAUUGAGGCAUCAGCAGUUGCCUUGUAGUGCCUAGGUGGCUCUCUGGGCCACAUCUUCUUUGUCUUCUAACUCGCCAUCCUCUUCAACUUUGGCCUCCUGGUACUGCUGAUAUUCUGACACCAGGUUGUUUUGUUGCUCUCGGCCUCUGUGACCUCCAUCUCCUAAUUACAUUAGUAAUAUCGUGGAAGCCCUGUAGCCUAAAGAAUUUAGUCUGUUGUUUACGAUGCUCUGAUAGAAGCAUUAAAUGUUUUGAAGAAGCUCAUCUGUAGGGAUUGCAUGAGACACAUUGCUGCCACUGAGAUGUGGUAAUGACACAUUUAGACUCAGAGAAAGUUCUUCAGUUGCACGACAAAGAAUAAAAGCAAUACUUUAAAGUACUUUUUAAGUUUUCCGCCAUAAAGCUUUUUGUUAAAAUCUACUUAAAAGUAAAAAAAAAAAAAAAUACAUCAAGCUAACUGGUUUCUGUAGCAUAGUCCCUCAGCCCCUUAGAAUGGCUGAGGAAAAUGUUUACAUGAUGAUUAAUGAUCAGGUCACUGCUUAAAAGGUGAUCUUAAACAGAUUUCUUAAAUGUGUGUAAAGAUGCAGAUUGUAAUCUGACAUUUGAAGGUUUUCUCUUCAGUUUUUGUACAACAGCAGCCGGUCUGUUAUUUUUGUCUGGGCUUCAGUCAGCCUAAAGCAUUUGAUUUAGUUUUUUUUUAAUUCAAUCAAGGGUCUUGUGUCUUUUAUUUGUGAUCAUUCCAGUAUAGUUAUUUCUCCUACAUAGCAUUCUCUGAGGAAUUGUAGCUUCGGAAAGUAGCUUUUAAUUUAAAGCACCAGUUUGAUAUUUGUAAAUAAACCUCAGAAUUUAAGACUUCGAUCCCUCAUUCGAAACUUACAAUGGGUUAGAGUAAAAUGAAAGAAGAUUAUAGGCAAACUACAGCAACUUUUUGCUAAAUCAGUAGCUUGCACAAAUGUUACUCUAGCACACAGUAGCACUUCACUGUGUCCAAUUAGUUUUCUUUUUUUAUUGCAUACAUGUGCCUGUACAAAAACAAAAGACGUUUUGCCUCUUUAAAAGUAUACGUGUAUUACAAAUUCCUAAUAACCAAGUAAUUACUAGUUGGUCCUAUAUUUUAUUUUUAUGUUAUGGAUGACUAUUAUGGCAUCCAAAGAGGAGGUGUCUUUCUUAACACAUUUAUGCUCAGCUAUAUAAUAUGUGUCAGAAAGUAGAUUUUGUUUAUGUCUUGUUCCUUUCAGCAGUUAGCCUCUUUCUCUAAAUGGUUCCAUUAUAUAGGUGUAAGGACAAGCCUCUUUUUAAGAUACCUCUGAGUCAUUAAAUGAUCCAAUCUGAGCUUUCAGGAUUUAGGCUGACUUUGUGGAACCACUGGCUCCAUUUAGAGCACUAUGCAUAAAAAGUCUGUCUCUUGUUCUAAAGGAUAAAACACAUAAGCGGCAUAUAACAUCCUCCAAAAUAAUGUAGCUUUAUUAUUUUUAAGUAUAACAACCAAGACCCGAGGCACCUGCUUCUGAUCAUAGCUCAAUGACUUGUCACCCUUUUUUGCAACCAUCAACGUUGCUGAAUAAAGUACCCAUGGCUAAAGUCCAAUGUUCUGUUCUGUCUUCAGUUCAGCUUAGCGUGUAUAAUUGGUUGGAAUAAAAAGUCCUUUGCAGAUCAUCCAUUUGUUCUGUUAUUAACAGCAGUUUUUAUGCCUCGUAUCUAAUUGUAAGGUCCCAACAAUAUCAAAUACUAUGAUUGUAUUCAAAACACUAAACCUACGUGAGGGUCAUGACAUAAACCUAGCUGUCCCACACAUCUUACUCAUUGCCCAGGUGAAUGCUACGAGUUUUAAACCAAGCUCCUUGGGUUUUGUAAUCACAGAGCAUAGGGCUUGUGAUCCCAACCGAUCGACUUGUAUGAUGUGGAAGGAUAAAGUGAAUAAAGGUUGCAUGUUUUUUGCGGAAUUGUAGUUUGAAAUUAGCGUAAGAAGAGACCGCCAGAGGACAUCAGAAUGUUUUGUAAAUGGAGCUGUUCACUUCAAUAAUUUGGUCAAAAUGACAAGCCUCCCUUAAAGCUGCCUCUGGCUGUUCUUAACUCUGGACGAUCAGCUUCUUUUCACAUUUGAGAGCUCAUAAACAAAGCCAUCAAUUAACGCACAGCGACAUUCCUGCUGGAUUUUUGCCUGAAACCUGCCGGCCAGCUGGUUGUAUAUCCUUGAGCCACAAAGCCGACAAGGCAUAAGUUGCAUUUAAGGUCAGAAGCGUCCAAACCCAAUUCUCAGGGUGAUUGUAGAUGUGUCAUUACCAAUGAAACAGUCAUUUGAUUAGGGUUUGUUGAAUCAGUGCAGCAUCACCAGUCUUGAGGACUGACUUUGGUAAAUAGUGGUUUAGUUGCUGAGACAACCUUACCUGGUGGCUCAGACGUUCAUGAGCAGUAGCUUAACUUCAACCCUCAAUGCUGGAAUGAGCCUUUCAGAACCUCAUUUAGAUUACCAGAAAGCAUUCCUACCUUGAAAUGUUUUCUGAAAGGGGCCAUUCCUCUCGUUUUUUCAACACCAGUGCCAUCAUUACCUCUCCUUAAGCGUCCUCUGGCAGUUCAUAAAUCAUGGGGGUCAUAUUUCAUGGAAAUAUUGGCAUUCUAAAUAAAACUAUCAUCAUAGAACCACAGACAAGGCUACAAUUCAGCAGGAUAGACAAAGAUACAACUUGUGACAGCAUCUUCUGUCCUAAAGAGUACAACACAUCAUUGAAGGGUGUGUUAAAAAAAAAAUCACACCUCGGUUAUUUUUAAUUUUAACAAUUGCCACCUGGCCACUGCUGUACAAUGCAAGGCACUUCUUAGGUUUGUUUUAGUUUUUAGCAUCACUAUCACUGAAGAAACUACCCGACUGAAGUUCAUUGAUCUGCUCUGUCUCACUGGACUUCACCAUGAUCCGUUCAGUGUGCAUGAAUGGUGAGAGUUUGUUUCAAAUGAUCUUAUAGAACAUCUGCCAUUGCUACAACUCACCCUCGAGCUGUGAAGCCAGCGAAGCCGUUUGCUACAUACAUACAUCACAUACAUCUACUGCUUGGUAGGUCAGAGGUCUAACUGGGAGGUUGACUUCAUCCAGCUUGAAGGUUUGCAAGUCCCACCACAAAGUGUUUUGUGAAAGAGGCUGAAGAGAGGGUUAACAUGACUGCUUUCGGUUCUGUUUGUGAUCCUUAUGCCUUCAAAAAAUGAUCGUUGAUCAGGCUUGUUAGGACUUCUGGUCACUAUCUUGAGUGCAGUUUUUUUGUAAGUGCUCUAAAGUAUUAGGAGAUCCGUUUCUUUGCCAAUGCUAAAGUUAGAGAAUUUUCUAAUAUUUGCACAGUUUUCUGUCUGAAAUUUUAUGGGAAUAGGAUUUUGUUCACUGUAUUUUUUCAUGUAUCAGAUAUUAAAUACCUUGUUUGUUGGAGAUUAUCUUUUGCUUUUCAUAGGGCUACUUUUAUUUGUAAAAACAAAACUGGUUCAUAUGUAUGUUUAGACCAUUAUAUACUACAGUGUAUCUUUAAAGUAGAAAAUAAGCAACCUAUAUGCUGUUGUGUUCUGUAUGUUUGCUGCUUCCAGGAGGAAAUAUGGCCUUUUGCCUCCGCUGGAAAGGAAUGAUAUUUGGAUGCCUACUUUCUCUAUUCUGACUAAUGUUUGGCUGCUGUCCCGAAACUAGAACCUGUCCUUCUGUUUUCAUUGUUUUACAAAAUAAAGUUCAUUCAGAUGUCUCA